AUGGGCUCAUCGACGGGUCUGGUAAUCGCUGGUGUUGCUGGCGUGACGGGGCUCGUCAUCACAGCGGCUUCUGUACCGUUUGUUGCGCCAGCCCUACGUCGCGUCUGCAUUCCAUACAUGAAGUUCGGCGAGCAACUCGUCAGCCAUUUGACACCAGAAUGGCGUAAACAAUAUAUUGACUAUGAGCGCCUCAAAAGUCUUCUUUAUGACAAUAUGCUCGAGGUUCCUGCAGAGGAUGAUCGUCGAGAAGAGCAUAUUGCCAGACUAGAUGAGAUAUUCUUCAAUGAAUGCGAACAAGAACUCACUAAAAUCAAUCUAUUCUUCUCACAAAAAAGCGCUGAAGCCCAAGGAAAAUAUCACGAGUUGCAAUCCGAGUUACAAACGUUUAAAGAAGUUCUGGAAUCGCGAAAUGAGCCGAUGAAUUUACGACGCAGAUUCGGCGGCAAGGACAAAUUGCACAAAGAAGCAACACGAAGUGAACAGCAACUCAAACUCGCAUUUUCCGAGUUCUACCUUAGCUUGGUGCUCAUACAGAACUAUCAACAACUGAAUGCUACGGGAUUUCGUAAAAUUUUGAAGAAACAUGACAAAUUGACAGGAAACGAGAAAGGUCUCGACUGGAGAAUCAACAAAGUUGAGAAGAGUUCGUUUUUCUUGAAUCGCGAGAUUGAAACUCUCAUCACGAAUGUCGAGACGUCAGUUAUCAACGAUUUGGAAGGUGGAAAUCGUCAAGCUGGCAUGAAGCGGUUAAAGGUACCGCCACUUUCCGAGAAGCAGAAACCGAUGACCACUUUCUCAUUGGGUCUUUUCAUUGGUGCAAGCAUCAUUCUAUUGUUAGCCAUCAUCUUCAGUUGGUGGGGCUCACCUCCAAGACCCAAUGAGCCGAAAUGGGUUGCUGUCCGUUUGUUUCGUGGACCACUUCUUGUCUUCCUCUCGAUAUUCCUUUGUGGUGUCAACAUGGCCGGCUGGGCAGGUGCUGGUGUGAAUCAUGUGCUCAUUUUCGAAGUCGAUCCCAGGAACCAUCUCUCGUAUCAAGCGCUUAUGCAAAUUGCCGCGUUCAUGAUCAUGCUUUGGUCAUUAGCUGUACUCGCCUACUUAUAUGCUCAUCUUCUACAUAUCCCUCCAUUCGCCCCGCCGCUCGUUUUGAUGAUCCUUUGCUUCCUGAUCCUUAUCAAUCCGAUCGGAAAACCUGAUUCAGUUUUUCAUCGAAAUUCGCGUUUUUGGCUCAUUCGUCAUUGUUUCCACUGCUUCUCGGCACCGUUGUUUUUCGUCACAUUCACUGAUUUCUGGCUUGGCGAUCAAAUGAAUUCUCUGACCACUGCGUUUCUGGAUUUCGAAUAUUUUCUGUGCUUCUAUGGAAGUGAGGUUGACUAUAGCGAUGGCUGGAUGGAAGUGCGAGCGCUGAAUUCAACAACUGGAUCCGUUCCAUGGGGACAUGUCGAUAUAGCGACUGGAAAGGACAUGUGCAUGUCGGCUGCUGGAAUCCGAUCAAUGGUCUCGGUAGUUCCGGCAUUGAUACGUUUUCUUCAAUGUCUUCGAAGAUACCGCGAUACAAAACGAGUUCAUCCGCAUCUUGUCAACGCCGGAAAAUAUUCCACCACAUUCAUCGUUGUUGCUUGCGGUGCUCUAAACAAAUGGAUGGAGAAGGAUGAUCCAAAUGCCACGUCGAUCUUCUUCUACAUUUGGAUCCUGUCUUAUAUAAUGUCUUUCACCUACACAUUCCUUUGGGACGUUUUCAUGGAUUGGGGUCUUAUCGAUCCAAGAGCUCCGAAAGAUGCAAUGUUCUUACGAGAGGAGAUGAUUUACGGCAGUAAAUGGUAUUAUUAUGCCGCUAUCGCUCAGGACUUCAUUCUUCGUUUAUCCUGGGUUUUAAACGUCUCGCUCGGAGAAGCUUGGACAUUGGAUUCAGACUUCUUGACAACAGUUACUGCUCCAUUUGAAGUGUUUCGUCGAUUCAUUUGGAACUACUUCCGUCUAGAAAACGAGCACGUCAACAAUUGCGGUCAAUUCCGUGCUGUUCGUGAUAUCUCUGUGAAGCCGAUAAGAAAAGGCGAUCUGGAGUCUUUGCUCACCAAAAUGGAUCAGAUGGACGGUGUCACACAUCGUGGGCAUGAUCUUAUGGAGCGUGUGAAGAAGCAAAAGAAGACGGCGAAAUCGACUCGACAGCUUUUGAGGAAGACGAGAUUCAAUCGAUUGAUUGCGCAAGCGCCGGUCGCCAUUACAUUGGUACUUCAAUGCGCUAGAGAAGGAUAUAAAAGCACUGGAGUUGAAUUGAAUUCGAUUUUGGUCGCUUAUUCGAAAUAUCGGUCGAUUCGUGAAGGACUGAGAAAUGAAGCCAAGUUUACGAGGAAGGACAUCUUCAAAACCGAUUUGACGAAAUACGAUACUGCAGUGAUUUUUGGAGCAGAAAGCUUGAUGGGAGAUUUGGUUCCAAAGUUAAGCGAAAUGAGGCCAUCUUCGAAUCUUCUUGCUUGUCGGUUUCCAUUACCUGAAAAUGAUGCUUGGAAAUUAGAGACGCAAAUCGGCGAGGGAAUCGACGCAGUAUGGGUUUAUAAGCGCAAUUGA